AUGAAUGAGUCCAAGAAAAGAAUAUAGGGUUUUCAUAGAUAUCUCUAUAAGGGCUGUGGAUUCUGGGCGGAAUCUUUCAGUUGGUCCGGCCAACUCACUUUUUGGUUCCACCAACCAAAGGAUUCCUCCCAUAAUCCACAGCCCUUACAGAGCUAUCUAGGGGAAGCCCCUAUAAUCAAAAGAAGAUAUUCCGAUACUUCUCUAAUUGACUAUCACAUCACCUACCAAAAAUUUCAUCAAAGCACAAAAACAGAGGAUUACAAAGAGGUUGAUGAAUGAUUUCCAAUACGACAAACUACAGUGGAAAAUGCAAAUUAUGUAUUUACUUAUUCAAGAAUUAUCCCUAAAAAGUCCCGAUUCAUAUUAAGUCCUGAAAGCAUUUACAAAAUUAUUUUUGAUGCAAUUCAUGGGCUUUUUAUUAUAAUGCAGCUCAUCACGAUUCCUUAUCUUAUCUGUUUUGAGGACCCUGCUUACGCAGAAUGGAGAAAGGUAAAUGGGCUGCUUAACUUUUUAUUUUACUUUGAGGUGCUUUUAAAAUUCAACACAGCAUUUUAUGAAAACGGGCAUUUAAUUUGCACUAGGAGAGAAAUCGCGAUUAAGUAUCUUAAGACUUGGCUGAUAUAUGAUAUAUUUGCUUGUUUCCCAUUUGAUGCUGUUUUUAAAAGAGAGUCUGAUGAAGCUCAGAGGUCUCAUGAUUUUGGGCUAUUUGAAGAUGGCAGAUUUAUUGUAUAUAUUCAAACUUUACAACUGCUAACUUUUGCAAUAUUUUUUUCAAUUUUCGCAAAAAAUUAAAAUAUAUAAAAUUUAUGCUUAAAAAGCAAGCUGCUUUAAAUUUAAUAGAGAUUUCAUUGAAAUAAUCAUUAUUAUAUUAAAAUAUUUUUAUAAAAAUAAUUUAUAUUAAAAAAAAAAAAAACUUUGCUCACAGGCUGAUUUCCAAAAAAAGGGCUUUUCUUAUAGUAUUCACAAGAAGAAGGAGUAAGAUAUUUUAAAUUGAAAGGAAUAAUCGAUCACAUAUCAAACUUAGCCAUAAAUACUCGGGCUGACGAAUGAUUCAAAUUCUUCAAAUUAUUUUUGAUUGGAGCACUGGUAAACCAUUACACAGCAUGCGCAUGAUAUUAUCUUUCAUAUCUAGACUCCUUUCACGUUCCAAAAACCUGAAUAAAAGUGUCAACAGAUUUGCGAGGCCCAACCGAUUUAGUUGAAUACUAUUUUCAAGCUCUAUAUUUUGCAGCAACCACACUAUUUACCAUUGGGUAUGGGGAUGUUUUGCCUUAUACAAAGUCUGAAAAAUUUUUUUGUAUAAUUAUUAUGAGCACAGGAGUGCUGAUUUUUUCAUAUAUUGAAAGUAGAAUCAGUCAAACUGUAGUUGAAAAAUCUGAGGAAAGAGCUAAGCUUAUGGAAUAUUUACUUCCGUAUCUUCACACGACGACUAUUUCAUAACGACUAUUUUUUUUUGGCCUAUUUUUUUUUGGCCUAUUUUUUUUUUGGCCUAUUUUUUUUUUGGCCUAUUUUUUGGCCGAUUUUGACAAUUUUUUAACUAUUUUUUACUAAUAUUUGGGCAUAAUUCCAUACUAAUUGUUUUAAAAUAAUUUUUAAUGUGCUUUAAACUAUUUAACCAACAAAAAAUGCACCCUUAACAGAUUUCGUACUCAAUAAAUACUAAUUCAUUGUUUUUGAAUUUCGAAAAUUUUAGAUUUAAUUAGGAGUUUUUCACUUAAUUUACUCAAUUUUAAUCGCGUAAGAAAAAGUCUCUGUUUCUCAAUAAGGUUGUAGUCCUCUCAGCAGCUUCAUGAAUGAGGCUAGGUAAAAAAAAGGCUAAAAAAAAUAGGCCAAAAACAAAUAAGCCAAAAAAAAAAUAGGCCAAAAAAAAAUAGGCCAAAAAAAAAUAGGCCCAAAAAAAAAUAGGCAAAAAAAAAUAGGCCAAAAAAAAAUAGGCCAAAAAAAAUAGGUGAAAAAAAAUAGGUGAAAAAAAAAUAGGUGAAAAAAAAUAGGUGAAAAAAAAAAAUAGGCCAAAAAAAAAUAGGUGAAAAAAAAAAUAGGCUAAAAAAAAAUAGGCCAAAAAAAAAUAGGCCAAAAAAAAAUAGGCCAAAAAAAAAUAGCUAAAAAAAAUAGGCCAAAAAAAAAUAGGCCAAAAAAAAAUAGUCGUUAUGAAAUAGUCGUCGUGUGAAGGAACCAUUUACUUCACUGUGAGUAUAGUAAACUUUUUUUUCGAAUAUAAUUUUUGGAUACUUAAUUUACUUAAAAGUUUAAUCUUGAAAAACUUAGACAGAUUCUAAUAAAUUAAAUUAUUGAUAUCAUUUCUAUUGCAAAUUAAGAUUUCUUUAGAGCUUAAAAAAAUUAAAAAAAUUUUUCUAUAUAAAAUUAUAUAGGUCUUUACCAUAAAAUGCCAUUAAUCAUCAAAAAUCUUGUGUGGAGAUAGUAAAUCUAAAUAAUUUUAUGAAAACAAAGAAAUUGCCUAGUUUACUUAAAUAUAAAGUUAGGACUUACAUGGAUUAUGUGAGGUCUUCAAAAGCUGACUCUGAGCUUAAAGAAAUGGAAGUUUUAAAAAUUCUCUCGCCUCCUCUUAGAGAAGAUAUUUUAGGAGUCACCAGAGGAAAGCAGCUACGAAUAUGCACAAUUUUUCAGCAGUUAUAUGGUACAAAGCUGAUAAAUGAAAUCAGCAAGCUUUUGCAGUUAAAAAAUUUUGCACCUGAAGACAUUCUUUUUAAACAAGGAGAAAAUGAAUCAAUAAUUUAUUUUAUUAUACUAUAGCAAGCUGAAUUACUAUUAAAUUUAUUAAAUAAAUUUCAGGGAAUAUUUAUUGCAAUGAAUGAUACAUCUGGGAUUGCAGAAAUUUAUCAUGAAAAAACGAACACAGUUUUUAAAGAGCUGUCAGAUAACACUUAUUUUGGAGAAAUUGGGUUUUUUACUCGACAAGUCAGAACAGCAAGUGCCCGUUGUGUGGCAUUCUGUGAUAUGAUGACCUUAAGCCGCGAAGAGCUUGACAGCCUAAUCAAGUUAAAACCAGACGCUUUUCAAAGGACACUUUUAUUGCAAACUUUAUGCCAAAAAGACGACAAAACUCGAUAUAUCCCAUUAGGCAUAAAUUGUUAUUUAUGCAACGAGUUAGGACACACCGCAAUCAAAUGUGACAAAAUUGCAGAAAAAUACAACCCCAGCAAAAUGCGUGAAAAAUGAAUUAAGAAAAAAAUGACCUCAAAAGUAUUUAAAUUAUCAGAAGCAAAAGAAUCAUGUGGAAGGCGAAGAAAGCGAAAAGAUGGCAAACUGAUCGCGACGCCUCUGAAUUCAAGCGCUUCGUUCAGAUCUCCUGAAGAAUUAUGAAAAGGUAAUGACAACAUGCUUUUACAUAUAAAUACCCAUCUUCAACAGAUAUCAACUCGGCAUCCAACCCAAAGAGGAUUUGAUAUACCUUUUCCGUUUUACUAUAUUCUUAUUGGACAUUUUUUUUUUUAAAUGAUACUUGUCCUUAGCAAAAUUUUUUUAAAAAAUUUGCAUUUAUAGUUUUAGAUCCUUAAUAUAUAGAUCAUAAUUUUCUUAUCUUACUUAAUUACUUUAAUUUAACUCGACCUCUAGUUGGGCCCCUAGAUGCACAAUGCCACGAGGGCAUAUUUUUUCUCCGUCUUGUCGCUACUCGCGUACUCGAGUCGGGCCUCGCUGUACGGCUCGCUCCUUCUAAUCCCCGUGAAGUCAUUUGGGAAUCCAGAAGUACGGGAAACACUAGCGGCUUGGCGCGUUGCCUCGCUCUGUCCGACUUUCCUCCAGCGCCUGUUCGGCCUAAGGGUCCUGCCUUUUAUAUCAGCAGGGGAAAGAGGUAAAACACGCUGUAUAAGGCUGGCGAGAUAAAAGGUCCUCGCCAUUUUACACCACCUUGUACAGAAGUCCACGUGUAAAAACCUAACCCUAUAAUAAUAAAAGCGGGUGAGAAGGAGAGGGAAUUCACUGAGUGAAUUAUCCUAUCCGCCGAAGCCAUUUUAUUAUUAUCAUAAUUUUCUUAUCAGGAUUUAGCUUGGCUAUAGUGAUCUAGUAUGGUGGAUAAGCUAUAGUAAAAGAAUGAACACCGUUGUACCAAAUGGCAUUGUGCCAAGAACCCAAUCUUAUUUAAAUGUCCUUGAUGAUGACGAUUUUAGUGAUGACUCAGAAGAGGUUUGCAGUAGCAGAUUUCUUAACUCAAGCAACCAGUCAUUGUCAGCAAAGACAGACUCAGCUUUUUCAGAUAAAUACCUGAUUGGAUCAAGCUAUAGAGAGAGACUAUUAUCAUUCCCUGAAGCCCAUCUUUCUGCAAAUCUGCCUAAUUUUGAUCAUCUAUAUCAAGAAUUUUGGUCAUAA